ACUCCGAGGUGAAUGAGAGAUCCCGAAAAGCUGCAACCUUUAAAAUAUUCUUAACCCCUCCAAGCACCAAAGGACCAAAGCUCCAGUUUCUUUGUACUCUCCGUUCACUCCACCUUUUCCUUCAUCUUUACUUCGGUAAUCUCAGUCCAAAGUUAGAAACUUUCUCCUAGAGCUUUUUCUGGGUUCCCACAUUCUAUCAGGUUUGAUCAAAGCUCCCCUUUGAUUGCUCUUAUCUUAUGUCUUUCAGCUUCUUUGUAGAUGUUGUUUGAUUACAAGUUUGUAUUUUUGUCUGUGUUGGUGUUCUGAUUUGGAGUUUCUGGUUUUUGGGUCUUGUCUCAUCAGUGGUUCUUCUGGUUCUUUCUAUGUUGGGAAUUUGAUUAGAUACGGCUCAGAUUCUCAGUGCGAAAUUGUAAUUCCUGUUGUUUCUGUGCUUGUUUUGAGUUGGAUUUCUGGUCUUUCCCUCAGUCACUUCAUGAUGUCUCUAUCCCCUUUCCCGUUGGGUAUUUGUCAGAUUUCAUUGAUCAUAAAUUCUGAAUCUGGGUAAGUUCUGAUUGGUUUUUCAUAAAAAAAAAAAAAAAACAAAAUCCCAGCAUUUCUGAUUCAGUUAUUAUCCUUGAGUCAAAAGUAGGUCUUAGUUGAGCUCUGUGAUUGAUUGGGGUUUUGGUUCUAGUAUGGCCAAGGGGGAUUGUGAGUCUGUGAUUUCAAAAUUAGAAGUAGAGGAAAAUUUAAUUGCUGCUGCAGAGCAUAUCGUGAGGGCAUUAGGCUCGAGUAAGAACCUCACCAAAGACGGAAGAAAAAUUUUAGCAGAUCUUGGCACCCAGUUGUACAGCAUGGCCACAACUGAUGAUAACAUGGUCGAGGGAGAGGGAUUAGGUGAUAUUGAAGAGCAACUAAAUGUUGUUCAGGAGAAGAUCAUGAAUAGGGAGGCUGAUCAUUCUAUGAUUUGGGAGUCUGGUUCGGAUGACACUUUUCAAUAUCUAAUUGCUGCAGAUAAAGCUCAAAAGUUGACAGAGAGAUUGGAGUCUCUCCAUUUACAAAGCGUCAAAGACAAGGAAUUGUUACAGCGAUCUCAUGAUGUUCUUCAGACAGCAAUGGGAAGGCUGGAGGAAGAGUUUAAACACAUGCUUGUCGAGAAUAGGCAACCCUUGGAGCACAUGUCCUUCCGCUCAAGUGAGGAUGAAGUUGCUGAUGAGAGCUCAGUAAUUUCUUUUGGGGAUGACUCAGUUGAUGAUUCAACCCACCGGGAUAGCAUCAGCAGAACAUCAGAGGAGUUUGUAAUUGAUUUGGUUCAUCUGGAUGUGAUUCCUGACCUCAGAAGCAUUGCAAAUUUAAUGUUCAAGGCAAAUUAUGAUCAUGAAUGUACCCAGGCCUAUGUCAUUGUUCGAAAAGAUGUCUUGAAUGAGUGCCUCUACAAUCUUGAAAUGCAGAAAGUGAGCAUUGAAGAUGUGCUGAAGAUGGAGUGGGCUAGUCUGAAUUCCAAAAUCAAGAGAUGGAUUUGGGUUAUGAAGAUCUUUGUGCGGGUGUAUCUUGCAAGUGAGAAGGGUCUUAGUGAUCAAAUAUUUCUGGAACUUGGUUCUGUUAAAUUAUCAUGUUUUAUUGAGGCAUCAAAGGCGUCAAUGCAGCAGUUACUGAACUUCACUGAGGCUAUCUUAAUUGGCCCUCGCAAACCAGAAAAAUUAUCUCGAAUUCUUGACAUGUAUGAAGUGCUAGCUGAUUUGCUUCCAGACAUUGAUGCUUUGUUUCCAGAUGAGGCUGGUUCUCGUGUAAGAAUUGAGUGCCAUGAUGUACUGAGAAGAUUGGGUGAUUCUGUGAAGGCAACAUUUCUUGAAUUCAAGAAUGCCAUUGCUUCAAACACAUCAACGACCCCCUUUGCUGGAGGUGGAAUUCACCAUCUGACCAGAUAUGUCAUGAAUUAUAUCCCACUUCUUACUGACUACAGUGAGACCCUCAAUUUGCUUCUCAAAGACGUGGAUGAAGUAGAUUCAACCUCACCUUUGCCUGACAUGAGUCCAGCUGCAGAGGAGGAAAGCAUUGGUUACUCUGGCAGUUCUUCCCCCAUGGCCAUCCACUUCCGAUCGGUCACUUCUAUUCUAGAAGCCAACCUUCAUGAGAAAUCCAAGUUAUACAAGGAUACUUCGUUGCAGCACUUCUUUUUGAUGAACAACAUGCAUUACAUGGCUCAGAAGGUUAAAAACUCGGAACUCAGGCUUAUAUUUGGAGAUAAGUGGAUCCGGAAACACAACGGGAAAUUCCAGCAGCAUGCAAUGGACUAUGAGAGAGCAACUUGGAGUUCAAUUCUCCUUUUACUAAAGGAUGACGGCAACACCACCUCAGGUCCCAUUUCAACGAAUUUUCUCAAGGAGAAGUUCAGAAGCUUUUACAUUGCUUUUGAGGAGGUUUACAAAACACAGACAGCAUGGCUUAUCCCAGAUGUACAGCUUCGAGAAGAUUUGAGAAUUUCCACCUCCCUCAAGGUGCUCCAGGCAUACCGGACAUUUGUGGGCAGGCACAACAAUCACAUAAGUGAGAAACACAUUAAGUACAACCCUGAUGAUCUGCAGAAUUACUUGUUGGACUUCUUUGAGGGAUUCCAAAAAUCAUUGCCUAAUUCCCAUAGGAGAUGAUAGGGAGGAAGGAAGGUUGAUACCAUUGUUGCAUCUUCUUUACCUCUUUGUUUCUUUAACUCGUAUUGUGAUUCAGAAACAGGUGUGUUAAUAGCUAACACAGCACCUGUUAGCGCCGCGCCCCCUCCGCGCCCCCCCCACCCCCCCUGUCACUUGUUAAUAAAAUAUCUCUCUUAUAGUUACCCAUAUAGAAAAAUCUUGGAGUGAAGAAACUGUUUGUUCUCCAUGUAAUCUUUCCUUUAAUGAAAUGAUGAUGCAGGA